CAGGGUGCGGCAGCAGCAGCGUGACGGGACUCAAACUGCAGUCAGUGAAGGUGCCGUCACACCAAGUGACGGGGGAGUCAGUGGAGCUGGAGUGCAACUUCGACCAGGAGGGCGACGUCCUCUACUCGGUGAAGUGGUACCGCGGCCAGAACGAGUUCUUCCGCUACAUCCCAGCCGACACUCCCAAGAUGCAGAUUUUCGACCUUCCAGGCAUCACCGUUGAUACUGCGCUGAGCGACGCCAGGAAGGUGACGCUGCGCUCAGUCAGCCUGCAGUCUUCGGGCAAGUACAAGUGCGAGGUGUCGGCAGAUUCUCCUUCCUUCCACACAGAGUCCCGCAGCGCAGAGAUGCUUGUCGUGGACCUGCCGGACGAGGUUCCUACCAUCAGUGGGGGACGAGCAAAGUAUCAUGUUGGUGAUAAAUUGGACGUUAACUGUACGUCAGCCCGUUCACGACCAGCUGCCUCUCUCAUGUGGUACAUCAAUGACGACCAGGCCGAGAGUGAGAAUCUAGUGGAAUACACCCCUGUCAACGACUCAGACGGACUAGAAACCUCACGCCUCGGGCUGCGCUUCACUGUGGGUCCUCGACACUUUCCUUCAGGAGAGCUUCGUCUCCGGUGCACCGCCACUAUCGCUGCAGUAUACUGGCAGAGCUCGGAGGAGUCUGUGGAGGGUCAGCUGCCGCAGACUGGGCCAGCCCUCGAGAGUAAAGGAGUAUAUAAAGGCGGCAGCGGGAGCAGCGUCAUUCCCCACACAUGGGUCUCUUGCUUGUGUGGGCUUGUGGUUACCACCUAUCACCUGCUCACCAAUUUGUAAACCUGUGACCAACCACCCGCAAGUAGCAUGACCUCUCCAAGCCCAGCCUCGAGUCACGCAGGUCAAUGCUCACAUCAAGAACAGACUGCAAGACCUGCGGCAAAACGUCUCAUCAUCGUGACAUGCUCAACUCACGCGCGGAUGUUUCAAGCUUGUGUAGUGACUUCCUUCCUGCCCUCAAGGGAAGCUCAGUCGUCUCUUGAUCAAGGCUUGUGAGGCACCACUGUAGGUUACACACUUUGAUAUAACGAGGUUGGAGAGGUUUCAUUCGUUAUAGACAUUUUUAUAAUUAUGGGUUGUCGGCACCUGGCUCCAGAUACGUCCUAGCCAAGUGCAAUUGUCCCACCUCCCUUCCCAAUUCUUUUUUUUCCUCACUAUUUUCCUUUUUCCUCAUUCCCGGCAGGAGUGGUGGAAGUGCUCGGAAAAUGUUUAUAACAGAUCUUGGUGUUUGAAUGCAUGUUGUGUGGAUACAAAUUGCAUAAGUAUAUUUUCAGAAGACGUAACAUUUUUACAUGUUUGUGCUCUUUGUUGU